UCGGCGCCGCGGGCCUCUGGGUGGAGCGGACGGCCGGGCUUGGCGGAGAGGGUCGACUGGUGGGCGGUGCCUCUCGGGGCCGGAGGCCGCUCUGGGCCGGCACCGCCCUCCGCCUCUCGCGGUCCCUCCCUCCGGCACGCCGGCGCCCAGCGGCCGCGCUUCCUGCGUCCCCAUCCCGGUCCGAGAGCGGGCUGCGCGCUCUUCGCCCCCGCGCUGCCUCGACAGAGAUUCCCCGGAGCCCCCAGCCCCGGGAUCGCGGCACCCGAAGGAGGCAGCCUGUGGGGGCCGGGGUCGUGUAGCCCCCAGCCCCCGGCCGCCCGACCGAGACCGAGCUGGACCCGCCGCCGCCCCGGUGGAUCCUUAACUCAAGAUUUUAGCAUGAAGAGUUGUUGUCAGGCCUGCCUGGAGGCUCCCUAGGUAACAACAGACCUCCCAGCCGCAGCUGUCCGCACGGGAUGCCUCACCUUUGCUUGAAACCAUCCCUUGAGAGUCUGGCUGCUGUUUUCUUAGCGUGGCGCUAGGGAUUUAGUGCAAGGCGUUUAAGGGGUUUUUGUUGCCGCUGCUGCUGCUGCUGUUUUUUUAUUUAUUUAUUUUCUUUCUUUGAACCCGGGCCUUGCCCCGCUCCCGCUGGCAUGAUGGCCCAGUCCAAGGCCAACGGCUCGCACUACGCGCUGACUGCCAUUGGCCUGGGGAUGCUGGUCCUCGGGGUCAUCAUGGCCAUGUGGAACCUGGUCCCCGGGUUCAGCGCCACCGAAAAGCCAACCACUCAGGGGAACAAGACGGAGAUAGGGAGCGGCAUUCUCAAGAGCAAGACCUUCUCCGUGGCGUAUGUGCUGGUCGGGGCCGGGGUGAUGCUGCUUCUCCUGUCCAUCUGCCUGAGUAUCCGUGACAAGAGGAAGCAGCGGCACGGUGAGGAGCUGGCACACAUCCAGCACCCGGGGGUCGAGCCUCACGCCCACGAGGAAGACAGCCAAGAGGAGGAGGAGGCCUCCUCAAGGUACUACGUCCCCAGCUAUGAGGAAGUGAUGAGCACAAACUACUCGGAAGCGAGGGAACCGGACCAGAACCCCAGGAUGAGCAUCUCUCUCCCCUCCUACGAGUCCUUGACGGGGCUGGAUGAGACAAGCCCCACCACAACCAGGGCUGAUGUGGAGACCAGCCCGGGGAACCCCCCCGACAGGCAGAACUCCAAGUUGGCCAAACGCCUGAAGCCGCUGAAAGUUCGAAGGAUAAAAUCCGAAAAGCUUCACCUCAAAGACUUUAGGAUCAACCUGCCAGACAAAAAUGUGCCUCCUCCGUCCAUCGAGCCUCUGACUCCCCCGCCACAGUAUGAUGAGGUCCAAGAGAAGGCCCCCGACUCCCGGCCCCCGGACUGACGACCCCUCCCGGGCAUGUUCCCUCCUGUCACUCAACCUCCACGCCAACAGAUCCCGAAUGAAGCCACUCAGCCACAGUUGAGAAGCGGAGGGGCCAGGUGUGUACUUAGCAGUUUGGACGGGGCCGGGGGGUGAGGGGUUCUGGGAUUCAGGAGCGACUCUGCAGCCCCCAGGACCUCACAUAGUAGGUGCAUCGGAAAGAGCUGCUGCUUCGGAUCUCGUGAUGCUGUGACCCCAUCAAGGGAUGGCGCCGGCAUCUUCCCCCUUGUCCUUCCGCGACUCUGAAUCGCCAGUGACGACACUCCUCGUUCCAAUUAGGAAAGGAUACCUAGCAACUGGUUUAGAUUGUGGUUUUGUUUUGCUUCCACUAGGACUGUUUUGUUUCCAAAAGAAAACAAGUUAUGCGUUCGCUUUUUCCCUGGUAUCCUGAACUGUGGGUAGGAAAGAUGACCCGCUUUAUAGAAAGGACACGGGCCCGUUUUGUGAAUUAAGCCGAAUGGGAGGCUGGAGGAUUACCCUGGGGUGAGACCCAGGUGGGGUUCUCAGAGCCCCUGAUGCCGUCAGUUCUUUUGAGGGCCCAAAGCCUGAGGAUGCAUAAGAUCCUAGUUUUAAUUGGUAGACUUUACUAGUCUCUCCUGUGUAAUGGCAGAAAAAGGAAAGCCGUCUGGGAUGCUCUGUUCCUUCUAAAAUGCCUUGCAACUGAGCUUUUUGUAAUAAAAUAUUUUAUAUGUCACA